UCCAUUAUAAUGGGUAGUUAUACCGAAGUGGAUAUGGAUAACGCGAGAAAAUUUUUAUCGAACUACAACACUCGUGUACGUAUGAUGGAAUUAAUGUACAAAAAAUAUCCUCGUCUAAUGAGCCACGCGACAUACACUGUCCGAGACGCUACGUCGGAGAAUUAUUAUAUACCGAGAACGCUCAGAGAUAAAUGUAAAAUAAUAGAUGUCGAUAUUAGUGAGAAAUUGUGCGAUAAAUUAUCAUGUAACAAAUAUACGGCUUCUGGAUUUUGUAUGCCCGAAACUAAAACCCAUUACGUUCGCGUGGGUGAUGGAAAAGAAUACGAUACAGUAUGUCAGCCGGCCUAUUUCAAUACAAACGUCGAUCCCACAUACUCUCAGGACAACACGCGAUCUGUCGACACGCCGCAACUGAGAUAUCAUAAAAACAAAUGCAUAACUAUGCCGGACUUUAUGACAAAUUAUUUGGAAAAACCGUUUUAUCGGAGCAUCACCGUCUACGAAAAUCGAGUAAACGAUAUACCGACGGGUUUUACCCGAAUAAACGACACCGAGAGUGAAUUCGGUUGCGGAUGGUCGUAUAAAAACAAUACUACAUAUUGCAAGUAUUAUGAUCGCACUCUUGACGAUAAUGGUGAUUGCUCGUAUAAAUGGUGGGAAAAGAGAUUGAACGCCGUAGUGGGCAUGUCUUUUAUAAAUUCGGUAAAAUCGGUGGUGAGGAAGAUAGAUACGAAAAAAUUUAUGUUCGACGUGCCAGAUUUACCAGAAAUACCCGAUACAUUGGAUGAAAAAGACACUCUCGGGUAUUGGAAGCGCGAUAUUAACGAAUCGUUCUCGUUACCAAAGUUAAUGAUAUACGACGAAGAUGAUGAUGAUGGGUUAAAAAAUCGAGUGUUGUACGCCAAACAGAAAAUAUCGGAAAAUCGAGCAAAACGAAUGGUCGGUAAAGCACCGAGUGGUAACGCAAGUAAUAACGAUAAUGACGAUGAUGUAAAAAACUCGAAUUCUAAAGACGCUAUUAAAACAGCGAUGGACGCUAUAGACCACAUCGUAGCGAAUCUCGGCGAUAUAUUAUUCUCGAAAGAGGGUCUCGUUAGUCUGGGCAUAAAUUUAGCGUACCAAUACGCCGAAACGAAAAUUAAAAAAAUGCUUAAAUCGUUGGCGCAAAAUCUGUCAAAGUUGUUGAAAAAAAAUAUAGGCAUGAUUAUAGCCAAAGCAUUUCCAAUAAAGUGUCUGCAGGCUUCGAUUAUGAACCUGUGUCGUUUAUCUAUAGUAAAAGUUUUAAUACAGAGUGCCACCAAAAUGGCAAUAGCUUUGGCCAAAUUGACGGCAUUGGCCGUUAGUGUAGUCGGAUGGAUAUUAAUAGUCGUAAACAUACUAGGCGUGAUUCUGUCCAUAUGGGAUCCUUUUGGCUACAACAACAUGUUUCCAAGUGAAUUGCCUGCCAAUAUGACGCAAAAAGCCGAACGAGCGUUGCGCGCCGAGAUGGGUGAAUCUUAUGCUCAGUUUACCUUCGAAAUGUUAUGCUCAAAGUUAUUGACCAAACAGGAAAUACUCGAAAUAACAAUGAGCAGAUUGACGAAUCAAUUGAUCUAUCUAAACGCGUUGGUGGUUAACAGCGAAGGCAGCAUAAUCGACAAAGAAGAUCCCGUGUAUUUCGAAGAAAGCACCGAAUCGCAAAAAAUGUUGGAAGAGUCGUACACUCAAAAUACAGCAAAACAUUAUCAUUUCAAUAGCAGGCAGUAUCGCGAAUACAAUGAAAAUUAUUUGAAACGAGUGAUCACGAAUAAAUUCAUCACGAGCGCGUUUCACGCAACAGCCGUUGGUCAUCGCUUUGGCUUGUGGGUUCUACGUGUUUACGGUGAUGUGUUUGUUCGUUUUAAUCAAACUGGCAGCAUUAUCGCGUAUGUCGCUAACGGAAACGGUUUCUGCCAAACUAUUCGAUCACCUCGGCUCGUUCGGUCGCGAUUUCAUUGAAAACAUAUACAACUGAUUUCACCGCCAAACGUUUUUUAACACCGAAUCUCAAGACGUUGGUGCCGC